AUGCAACGUAUCCCUGAGCCUGGCAGCAGUGACGUCACCAAGCUGGCUCACAUGAGCUUAUUCACAAAAGGCUUCGAAAACGAGGCGGAAUCGAACGCUGAUUCACAACCAUUACAAAUAUCAUUAACCUUAUCUUUACGAGCAAUGAACGACGAUUGUUUCCAAUAUUUGAGUCUUUACGUUUGGGUGAUAAAAGCCAAUAUAGCUGAGGACAAGGAAGCGACCGUAUUCCGUUCGACACAACGUUCGUUUCCGAGAGUCAGUAAAGCAACUUUUUUGGCUUAG